AUGGGAGGAGGUGGUGCCUUUAUUCCGCUUACUGGAUGUGGAAAUUCAAAGGUCCCUAACCCUUCUAAGAUUUCUGUUGGUCCUCCUUUGACAGCCAUAGAAAGGUUUUUGUCGGCACAACAAAGCUAUUCCACUCAGCAACAUCCAUGCAGUGUUGCAAACAAUAUCCAUGCAACUGCUUUGGAUGGUUUUGAUGGCUCAACCUACAACUUUAUGUGGCAUAAUGGUUCUCAGGACGUGAAUUUUGUUGGACAGUUUUCAGAAAAUGAAGUGGCUCUGAAUUGGACACAACAAGUCUCCCCACUGUGCUUGAAAGAAGAUUUGCAUUUGUCAGGGAAGAAGCCCGAAGGGGUGGGACGCAGACCUAGGGAAGGAUCUUAUAUGCCUUGGAUCAAAGGCCAGUGGACUGAAGAAGAAGACAGGAUACUGUUAAAGUUGGUGAAGCAACAUGGUGUAGGGAAAUGGUCUCAGAUAGCUGAAAAGUUGGAUGGAAGGGCUGGGAAGCAGUGUAGAGAGAGAUGGCAUAAUCAUCUGCGUCCUGAUAUUAAGAAAGAUGGUUGGAGUGAAGAAGAAGAGAGGAUAUUAGUAAAAUAUCAUGCUAAGCUUGGUAACCGCUGGGCAGAAAUUGCAAAGAAAAUGAAAGGAAGAACAGAAAAUGCAAUAAAAAACCAUUGGAAUGCCACCAAGAGGAGACAAAACUCCAGGAGAAAGAACAAAAGAGCAGGAAUCUCAAAUGGCAAGCCACUGUCCUCUAUACUGCAAGACUACAUCAAAAGUUUGACUCUCACCAACACUUCAACUCCCUCUGUGGAACAAACAUUAUUACCACCCCGACACUUCUCUGAUUCUGUUACCAAUGACAAUUUCUCAGUAAUGGCUGAGUCCUAUGAUGAUGAAAUGUUCUUCAUGCAACAUGUCAAUGAGAAUGAUGCCAGUGUUGAAUCUGUUAAGCAAACCAAGAAUAUCAACAACUCUUUUGCAGCCUUUGAUUAUUAUCAUCAUCAAACUAGUAACAACAGUAGUCAUCUUCUCAGUGAUGUCACUCGAUCAGACCAUGUUGUUCAUUCCAACCUAACGACAAACUCAUACAACAUGUUGGAUGAGAGUCUUUUCCUAUCUGAAAAGACUCCUGCAGUCAACUACCUUGAUUUUGAUGUCUGUCUCUCUCACUUGCAUAAUGGAACUGCCGGUUCAUCAUUUGUCUAUAAUAAUGGGAUUCACAACCAGAACAUGGAGUUGCAUUUGGAGAAGCAAGAUUGGUUACUAGGAAAGAGAGAUAUGGAUACUGUAGAGUUAGUUUCCUCUACUACUCAGUUUUUGGACCAGUAA